GGUGCGGGCUCGCGGCGGCUGCCGUGACGUCAGCGGUGACGGCACGGCGGGCUUUAGGGGCCAUGGCGCGCAUCACGCUGGAGGACCUGGACGGCCUGGGCGAAGAGGAGGAGGCGGAGGCGGAGGAGGAAGAAGAGGAAGGCGACGAGGAGGGGGAGGGGGCGCGGAGCCAGCUGUUCGCCCACUGGGAGGCCGUGGCCAGCACGCACCGGGUGAGCCUGCCCCGAGACAUGGCGGGCCCCAUCGCCCAGAUGACCCGGCACGGCCGGCUCCGCGAGCCGGUGCCCUACGUCACCCUGGCGCGGCUGGACAAGUGCGAGGAAGCAGCCUAUGAAGAGCGGCAGUACCCAGCUGGGAAGUGGGCCUGUGUCACCAAGGGGGAGCCCAUGUAUGAGCAGAGCAUCUCCAUGAGCUUCAUGAAGCUCAUGCGCUACAUCUGCAAGGAGAACUCUGUAGGUUGCUAUCUGGGCAUGACGAUCCCAGUGCUCAACGAAAUCCACCUGACCAAGGAGGGGACCGAGCUAGCACGUGAGGUCCUAACUGCCUUUUACCUCCCGGGAGCGUUCCAGCAAAACCCCCCUGUCCCCAUGGACCCCGAAAUCCACAUCACUGAGAGGGCACCACUCCGGGUGAUAACCAGGGUUUUCUAUGGGAUGACCACUGAAGAGACAAUCUUGCGAGAGAUCAGUCUCUUCUGGGAGCUCCUGGGCUCCACAGACACUGUGCUCCAGGAGACCUACAUCGUAGCUGCUUAUGAGAAUCCCAGCAUCCCUCAGCGCCGCAAUGAGAUCUGGUUCAUCCGUCGGGCAGAGUGAGGCCCCUCCUUGACCACAAACCAUCCCGUGACUGGACCUGGUGUAGAUGGCAGUUCUGACCUGAAAGAGACGAAUGCACAUCCUGACCCACCAUUCACCCACAGAACAGCAGACUGAGAGACAGCAGGGUGGGGGUCACGCUCUGCCCCAUGCAAGCCCAGCCAGGGGGAAACCUGGGGCGGUAACAGCAUGGGUUGGGGCAAUGUGCUGGCCUGGCCAGAGCUUUUUUUUAGCUCUGAGCUGGGAUUGCAAAACCGUGCCAGGUGCACAAGUGGGGCUUGUGGCUGGCAAUCAUGGGCUGAUAGCAUCAAGAAGGUAAAUGCCUGCACCUGAGAGAUUCGCUGCCUGUCUGUGACAGAGCCACUGAAACGCUGCUCCAGGGAAAGCAGGAUUUGAAGGGGGAAGGGGCUGGCCACUAGUGAGGUGGUGUGGAUGCUGCAGGUUUCCUGCUGGGGCGGUUCUCUUUGGACUGUUGGCUGUCGCUGACCAUCCCUCAGCCACAACAGAGGUGCCAGCAGCCUUUGUCCAGCACUUACGGAUGCUGUUUGCGGAGCUGCUGUGUGCGGAGAGGGGCAGGUCCCACCAGCAGCAGUACCGCUGUGUGUUGCAUUGUGCAUUGAUCACUGAGUUUCACAUCCAUGAAUACUGUUGCGCUUUCCUCGGGGAAGCUGGCAGUGCCAACAGCAAAUAAACCCGGCUCAAACCAC